UGUCAAAGACCAAACGCCGGUGACUUGAUGUGUCGACUCGUUUUGCACAGUGAGGAAUUUUUGUUUUAUCGUGAUUUGACUGGAUGAAUAAUGGCUGCAAAUAACUAUUUUGGGUUCACACAUGGUGGAACCCAAUAUGGCGCGGCAACAGCCAGUGCCGCUUACGGCGGUCAGACAGGGUACGCUGUGGCGCCGGCUGCGACAGCCGCGACUUACGGGACCCAGCGUGCUGCAGCCACCAGCUACGAUACAGCGUACCAGGCAGCCGCUGCUACACAAGCAGCGGCCCACGCGCACGCGCACGCGGCCGCGGCCGCCGCGUCGGCGUACGACGCCAGCAAGAGCGCCUACUACCAGCAGGCCGCCGCCGCCUACCCCGCCGCCGCGCCGCAGACGCAGCCCGCCUACGACACGGCCGCCAAGCCAGCCUACUCCACGCCCGCCACCUACGCACAGAACAACAUCAUAAUCCAGGGCGGCGGUCGCGGCGGCGCCGCCAAGCCGGCCUACGGCAGCGUGUACACGGCCACCACGGCCGCGGCGUCGUACCCGCCGCAGUACACCGCCCCCGCCGCGCAGACCCCCAAGCCGGCGACUAACAGGACCACCUCUGCUUAUGAUACAGCGCUCUACAACGCAACAACCAUGUACGUCGCGCAGCAGACCAAGCCAGCCGCACCCACCGGGGGUUGGAAGAGCUACAACAAGAGCGGAGUGGGUGCCGGGCAAGCGCGCCGGCCGAAGCCUCCGCCCAAGGCGCAGCAGCUGCACUACUGUGACGUGUGUCGCAUCUCCUGUGCCGGGCCGCAGACCUACAAGGAGCACCUGGAAGGCCAGAAGCACAAGAAGAAGGAGGCGGCGGCCAAGGCGAGCAGCAACGCCGCGGGAGGUCGCGGCGCGGGCGCGGCGCUGCGCUGCGAGCUGUGUGACGUGACGUGUACGGGCGCCGACGCGUACGCGGCCCACGUGCGCGGCAUCAAGCACCAGAAGGUCGUGAAGCUGCACACCAUGUUGGGCAAGCCCAUCCCCUCCACCGAGCCCACCAAGCUGCAGCCAGGUACACACUUGUGUGAACAUGACGACUGUGUGAACAGUUAAUACCAUCGUCAAUU